AAGUGUUCUGUGGAGGUUGUAUUAAUGGAACUCUCUAUGCUAUAGGUAAGAUGGCCUCUAGUUAGGGUUUUGUAAUUUACCUCCCUGCAUUCAGUCCAAUGUAGGAAUUCUGUAAGCAACCUUCUCUGUAUUGAGUCCAAUGUUAUCAUUUAUGUAACCUACCUUCCCUGUAUUCAGUCCAAUGUUAGUGUUCUGUAAUCUACCUUCCCUGUAUUCAGUCCAAUGUUAGUGUUCUGUAACCUACCUUCCCUGUAUUCAGUCAAAUGUUAGUGUUCUGUAACCUACCUUCCCUGUAUUCAGUCAAAUGUUAGUGUUCUGUAACCUACCUUCCCUGUAUUCAGUCAAAUGUUAGUGUUCUGUAACCUACCUUCCCUGUAUUCAGUCCAAUGUUAGUGUUCUGUAACCUACCUUCCCUGUAUUCAGUCCAAUGUUAGUGUUCUGUAACCUACCUUCCCUGUAUACAGUUUGUUUUAAAAAUUGCUUAAACUGGUCACCCGUUCCAACAUAAUUCAAUUUAAAACUAUGUGUGUAUCUUAUGUUACCUGUUGAGUAUUUAAAACUAUAUGUAUCUUACGUUACCUGGUGAGUAUUUAAAACUUAAAACUAUAUGUGUAUCUUAUGUUACCUGGUUAGUAUUUAAAACGAUAUGUGUAUCUUAUGUUACCUGGUGAGUAUUUAAACUUCUUGCCUGGUCACAAAAAAUAGUGUAAUAUGUAAACCAACAUAAUGACUGUACCGUGAUCUACCUUAUAUCUAGAGGUGACCUUGACUGAUUUUAACCUUAGGUCUAGUCGUGGCCUUGAAUGAUCUUAACUGACUGAACCUAAAUAUCAACAUGGUGCAAGCGUUUAUUAUUAUGGAGAAUUCGCUCUGGCCUUGUGAAUGCAAUAUUAGGAACAUGAUAUAUGGAGCAUGAUAUAUUGAGCAUGAUAUAUGUGAACAUGAUAUAUUGAACAUGAUAUACGUGAACAUGAUAUAUGAACAUGAUAUACAGAACAUGAUAUACGGAACAUGAUAUAUGGAACAUGAUAUAUGAACAUGAUAUACGGAACAUGAUUAAUGGAUGUUUGAACUAUGCAGCAAGACGAAAUUGUUAUAGAUACAAACAUAGUUUGCACACGUGGUCACGUGCCCUUUCUUUCUAAUUCGUUAUUCUGCCUUCAUUUGCUGGGGAAAAGAAUGCGCCCACGCUGUUGUUAUUGUUUGGCUUUUUGCACUCCAAAUGUAUAAGGAUACAUAUAGAAAUAAUUACCUUCUAAUAUAGCGAUUAUGAAAAAAAUGUGACUUUUUAAGCCCUGCCUCAAACAAUCUCGUUUGUAAUGUUACCAAAAUAUCGAAUUCUUUUCUCCCCCCCCCCCCCAAAUAACUUCACAAAUUAAAUAUCACAACCAUCAAAGAAGCCGCACAAUCACCCGAUGAUCACAGUUGGGUUCCACUUUGGGGAGCAGAAACAAUUUAAUGUGUUCCUCAUCGAGCCAAUUUCAUCGUUUAAAACUGAACUUUAUUCAUUGCUAAAAAGUCCUUCUGCCUCGGCCCGGGCAACUGUAUUAUUUACAUUAAGAAAAUUAGGCAAGGAUCCAUUCGGGGCCAUCCGUCAAAUGUCCGAUUCGAUUAGCUGACGGAACAUUUCAAGUCAAUACCUCCGUGCCAGCCCUGGACAAACAACGCGCCGGACGGGCCUGGGCGCUGGUUCUCUAUUUCCCGCCACGGUCAUCUCACGGAGACGGCGAGCGAGACGGGCGCUGGACAGAUUUCAAAUUAAAGUGAAUUUGAGUUGUCCAUCUCAGUGACCAUUUGGACAGAAAGUUCCGAUCGUGUCCAACACUUUGUAUAGUCUUAAUACAUUGAUUGAACUUUUUUUUUUAAAGUAUAAAAACAAACUGGAGAAUUCCAAGCUGCUAAAUAUUUUAAGAACAGUAUCGAAAAUUUUUUUUUUUAAAGUACGUUUCCCUUAUUUGAUAUCGGAGUCCAGGGUGCUAUAUAAUGAACAGCUUUUGAUGACAUCAUCCAGGGUGCUAUACAAUGAACAGCCUUUGAUGACGUCAUCCAGGGUGCUAUACAAUGAACAUCUUUUGAUGACAUCAUCCAGGGUGCUAUACAAUGAACAGCUUUUGAUGACAUCAUUCAGGGUGCUAUACAAUGAACAGCCUUUGAUGUCAUCAUCCAGGGUGCUAUACAAUGAACAGCCUUUGAUGUCAUCAUCCAGGGUGCUAUACAAUGAACAGCUUUUGAUGACAUCAUCCAGGGUGCUAUACAAUGAACAGUCUUUGAUGUCAUCAUCAAGGGUGCUAUACAUGAACAGCCUUUGAAGUCAUCGUCCAGGGUGCUAUACCAUGAACAGCUUUUGAUGAUAUCAUCCAGGGUGCUAUACAAUGAACAGCCUUUGAUGUCAACAUCCAAGGUGCUAUACAAUGAACAGCUUUUGAUGACAUCAUCCAGGGUGCUAUACAAUGAACAGUCUUUGAUGUCAUCAUCCAGGGAGCUAUACAAUGAACAGCCUUUGAUGUCAUCAUCCAGGGUGCUAUACAAUGAACAGCUUUUGAUGACAUCAUCCAGGGUGCUAUGCAAUGAACAGCCUUUGAUGUCAUCAUCCAUGGUGCUAUACAAUGAACAGCCUUUGAUUUCAUCAUCCAGGGUGCUAUACAAUGAACAGCCUUUGAUGUCAUCAUCCAGGGUGCUAUACAAUGAACAGCCUUUGAUGUCAUCAUCCAGGGUGCUAUACAAUGAACAGCCUUUGAUGACAUCAUCCAGGGUGCUAUACAAUGAACAGCUUUUGAUGACAUCAUCCAGGGUGCUAUACAAUGAACAGCCUUUGAUGUCAUCAUCAAGGGUGCUAUACAUGAACAGCCUUUGAAGUCAUCGUCCAGAGUGCUAUAAAAUGAACAGCUUUUGAUGAUAUCAUCCAGGGUGCUAUACAAUGAACAGCCUUUGAUGUCAACAUCCAGGGUGCUAUACCAUGAACAGCUUUUGAUGACAUCAUCCAGGGUGCUAUACAAUGAACAGCCUUUGAUGUCAUCAUCCAGGGUGCUAUACAAUGAACUGCCUUUGAUGUCAUCAUCCAGGGUGCUAUACAAUGAACAGCCUUUGAUGUCCAAUUGUAUCGUUGUCUUUUAAGAUCAAUUUUGUUACCUGGAAAAACUCAAAAGGCAGCCAAAAGGGAGGUGGGGAUUUUAUCCCCCCCACCCCACCCCAGACUCAGAUUAGAAGCAACUCCUCCCUUUUCGCCCCCUCCUCUUCUCCCAAAGUGUUGACGCUAAUGGUGGCUUUACGUCAAUAUUUAAUAAUAAAUAACAUAAAGAGUCAGAGAGAGUCAAAGAGAGACAGAUAUUGAGCGAGAGCGAGAGAGAGAGAGACUCGAGGAGGCCUUUACAUAGAUAAAAGAAGGCAGAGAGAGUCAAAGAGAGACAGAUAUUGAGCGAGAGCGAGGGAGAGAGAGACUCAAGGAGGCCUUUACAUAGAUAAAAGAAGGCAGAGAGAGUCAAAGAGAGACAGAUAUUGAGCGAGAGCGAGAGAGAGAGAGACUCAAGGAGGCCUUUACAUAGAUAAAAGAAGGCAGAGAGAGUCAAAGAGAGACAGAUAUUGAGCGAGAGCGAGAGAGAGAGAGACUCGAGGAGGCCUUUACAUAGAUAAAAGAAGGCAGAGAGAGUCAAAGAGAGACAGAUAUUGAGCGAGAGCGAGGGAGAGAGAGACUCAAGGAGGCCUUUACAUAGAUAAAAGAAGGCAGAGAGAGUCAAAGAGAGACAGAUAUUGAGCGAGAGCGAGAGAGAGAGAGACUCAAGGAGGCCUUUACAUAGAUAAAAGAAGGCAGAGAGAGUCAAAGAGAGACAGAUAUUGAGCGAGAGCGAGAGAGAGAGAGACUCAAGGAGGCCUUUACAUAGAUAAAAGAAGGCAGAGAGAGUCAAAGAGAGACAGAUAUUGAGCGAGAGCGAGAGAGAGAGAGACUCAAGGAGGCCUUUACAUAGAUAAAAGAAGGCAGAGAGAGUCAAAGAGAGACAGAUAUUGAGCGAGAGCGAGAGAGAGAGAGACUCAAGGAGGCCUUUACAUAGAUAAAAGAAGGCAGAGAGAGUCAAAGAGAGACAGAUAUUGAGCGAGAGCGAGAGAGAGAGAGACUCGAGGAGGCCUUUACAUAGAUAAAAGAAGGCAGAGAGAGUCAAAGAGAGACAGAUAUUGAGCGAGAGCGAGAGAGAGAGACUCAAGGAGGCCUUUACAUAGAUAAAAGAAGGCAGAGAGAGUUAAAGAGAGACAGAUAAAUAGUGAGAUAGGGAGAGAGAGACUCGAGUAGGCCUUUACACAGAGAAGAGAAGGCAAGCAAUGUUUAAAUACAAUAUAGAGUGAGUGAGAGCGAUGAACAAUAGAGUAAGAUACAGGCGUGGGUCGGGGUAACAAAUAAAUGAUCAAAUCCAUGAUUAAAUUCAACGGUCUCCAGGACUGGGAUUUUUUAAGAACUUAAUCUUAAGCUUAAAUCAGGGAUUAAAAGUACUUAACUGACAUUCGCGUGCCCUAAAUAUGGAAGUAGAAAGGUUUCUCUAAGCAUUUAAGAUGAGUAUCACAUUAAUGGGUGGCACCUGACGAAUUCUAGGUUUCCCAUUUAAUUUUAUGUCAAGUGCGUUCUUUGAGUUGGCCAACUGCCGAGCUAUACUGCCUACUGCCUACUUCCUACAGGCUACUGCCUACUUCCUACAGGCUACUGCCUACUGCCUACUUCCUACUGCCUUCUUCCUUAUGUCUACUUACAACAGCUUACUGUCUACUGGCUUCUGCCUUCUUACUAUUGGCUACUGCCUACUGUCUACUUCCUACUGCAUACUGGUUACUGCCUACUGUCUACUUCGUACUUCCUACUGAAUACUGUCUACUUCCUACUGUCUACUUCCUACUUCCUACUCCCUACUUCACAAUUCCUACUUCCAACUGCCUAUUUCCUACUGCCUACUAUCUACUUCGUAUUUCCUACUGCAUACUGGCUACUGCCUACUGUCUACUGUUCACUUCCUACUCCCUACCGCCUACUUCGUACUACCUACUGCCUUGUAAAAAAAAUGGUGGAAUCGAUGAUAAUGGUAAGGCUCUUAAGACAACACUUUCAAUGUCUUUACCAGCCAUCAAAUCUUUAUCAACACUUUCAAUGUUUUCACCAGCCAUCAAAUCUUUAUCAACAUUUUCAAUGUCUUCACCACCCAUCGAUUCUUUAUCAACAAAUUCAAUGUUUUCACCAGCCAUCAAAUCUUUAUCAACACUUUCAAUGUUUUCACCAGCCAUCAAAUCUUUAUCAACAUUUUCAAUGUCUUCACCACCCAUCGAUUCUUUAUCAACACUUUCAAUGUUUUCACCAGCCAUCAAAUCUUUAUCAACACUUUCAAUGUUUUCACCAGCCAUCAAAUCUUUAUCAACACUUUCAAUGUUUUCACCAGCCAUCAAAUCUUUAUCAACACUUUCAAUGUUUUCACCACCCAUCGAUUCUUUAUCAACAUUUUCAUACCCGUUCUAUAUUUUUUUUUCUUUUUAAAUAUUUUAAGAACCGUUGCGUUUAAGUAAGGAUGGGGCAUUGUGACGUCAAUUCCGCCCACGUGAAUUGUUUGCGCCCGUUUCAACUAAUUAUUCUCAUAAUUUACCACACAUUCGCCUGAGCCCAUCUCCAAACAUUUGACUGGGCCGUUUAUUGAGAUCGCUGUCGAGACUUGUAAGAAGGAAAUAAUCAAAUUUCAUUUAUGGUCGAUAAACUUUGCAGGUUUUAUUAGGAUUAUCUUCGUUAAGGAAAAAUGGCGUCCUCUUUGCUUGCGUUUGGGUAUUUUCUUAGGCUGUGAUAAAGAAAUAAUUGCUUUAAAAUUGAUUUUUAAACAAAUUUGUUUGGUGGGUAAGAAGGGUUGACUAGUUGGGGCUGUGGAAAACUAAUUCUGGGUAAAAUAAUGAUGGUAUGAGGUUUGUCGAGGGGAGGGAGUUCACUGGUGGGGGUGGACUUAUGUGGUGAUGUGUAUAUUUUGCAUUGUAUCCACAGAAAGGCGACAAUUGUUGAAUUCGCGGACGGGAAACAUUUUUUGUAUCCACUGAAAGAAAACAUGUUGUAUCCACAGGACGGGACCAUUUGUUGUAUCCACAGGAUGGCACCAUUUGUUGUAUCCACAGGGCAGCAGCAUUUGUUGUAUCCACAGGACGGCACCAUUUGUUGUAUCCACAGGACGGCACCAUUUGUUGUAUCCACAGGACGGCACCAUUUGUUCUAUCCACAGGACGGCACCAUUUGUUGUAUCCACAGGACGGCACCAUUUGUUGUAUCCACAGGACGGCACCAUUUGUUGUAUCCACAGGACGGCACCAUUUGUUGUAUCCACAGGACGGCACCAAGCCUUUUCCUUGUUGUUCAAGUGUAAGGUUAAGUCCGUCAAAAUAUUCAUCCGCAUGUCUAUUUAUAGCAAAAUAUCACAAAAAUAUGUUCAAAUGCCUUAAAGACAUGUUCAGAUGCCUUAAAAACAUGUUCAGAUGCCUUAAAAACAUGUUCCCCAACCAAUGUUCCCCUCUAAGGUUUGUUGGUCGUGUGCAAAAUCAUAAAGUUGUGUGCACAUUUUUACACCAUCAAUUUUUUUGUGCGCAAAUUGUACAGCCUACAGACACAAACACACCUUUAAGUGGAAAUUAGCUUGACCCCAGGUCUCUUCCUUUUUUUCUUCUUUUUUUUACAUUCGCCUUAUUUCUCAAAUCAGUUGACAGAAGAAACUGUCAAUACGAUUCUUAAAUUAAAAUUAGUUUAGUAUUAGAAUUUUAAAGUAACCAAUAGGAAGGCGAUUGGGUUGGAUUGGAAAAUUGGUUUAGAGAUUAUUAUAUUUUUUAAAUAAUAAAAGUGGUCGAUACAUCUGUCUGUAAAUAUUUCAAUAUUGAAUUUUGUUUCUGAGUAACAUCACAUCCUUCAGAGAAAGGGCGGAGGGGGGGCCGAAAUGGGGUCCAGAUGGGUCCGUGGGUCACUUGGGUCCAGAUGUAGUCGAGGGUCAUUUGGGUUACUGGGAUCUAGAUGUGGUAGAGCGUCACUUGGUUUACUGGGGUCCAGAUGGGGUCGAGGGUCACUGGGGUCCAGAUGGGGUCGAGGGUCACUUGGGUUACUGUGGUCCAGAUGGGGUCAAGGUUCACUGGAGUUCAGAUGUGGUCGAGGGUCACUUGGGUUACUGGGGUCCAGAUGUGGUCGAGGGUCAUUUGGGUUACUGGGGUCCAGAUGGGGUCAAGGGUCACUUGGGUUACUGGGUUCCAGAUUUUGUCGAGGGUCACUUGGGUUACUGGGGUCCAGAUGUGGUCGAGGGUCACUGUGGUCAUUGGGGUCCAGAUGUGCUCGAGGAUCACUGGGGUAUUUAAAAUAAAUAGUAGCACUUCAUGUCGCUUUAUGCCAAUGACUGCAGCCUAACAGAUGAACCUAAAACUUCUAUCUUGAAAGGACAUUCGGCAACCUGAUUCUUGAACUUGGCAGUUUCAGUAGGAAAGCUUGAUCAAUUCCGCGCGGUGAUUCAAGUUAAGUAAAUAUUUCUAGUGCUGACAAAUCAUGGAUUGCCCUCAGCGUAAUGGACACUCCGACUUGAUUUUAAUGGGAAUUUUGAUGAUUCUAUCUCUUCUUGAAUAUUUUAUGAUUACAAUUAACUAAAUUCCCAGGUGUUUCUAGUUUCAUUACAUCGAUGGUAAAACAGGGGUAAAACAGGGGUAAAACAAGGCUAAACAAGGCUUAAGCAGGGGUGGUAGGGUCAGUAAAUAAAUAUGAUAAAACAGCAAAUAAGAUCAAAAUUAUUGUUAAAUUAAGAAAUCAUUGUUGUCGACACACACACAUACACACUCACACACACACACACAGUUUUGGCAUUAAAAGUCUUCCAAUAAUAUUUUUUAAUCCUUAAAUAUAACAUAUGCGCCUCUAUUUCAUUCUACCCAGCCGUGCACCCAGUGCUAUGCACUCAGUUAGUUUGAAAACCGUGGACAUUACACUGCCAUGCACCCAGUUAGUUUGACAACCGUGGACAUUACACUGCCAUGCACCCACUUAGUUUGACAACCCUGGACAUUACACUGCCAUGCACCCAGUUAGUUUGACAACCGUGGACAUUACACUGCCAUGCACCCAGUUAGUUUGACAACCGUGGACAUUACACUGCCAUGCACCCACUUAGUUUGACAACCCUGGACAUUACACUGCCAUGCACCCAGUUAGUUUGACAACCGUGGACAUUACACUGCCAUGCACCCAGUUAGUUUGACCACCGUGGACACUACACUGCCAUGCACCCAGUUAGUUUGACCACCGUGGACAUUACACUGCCAUGCACCCAGUUAGUUUAACAUCCUAGGAGUCGAAUGUGUGAGAAUGAGUUCCAACUAUGUCGCUGUCCACCGUCAACAUUUCUGGAGAACAUUUGUAUUUCAUUAUUCCAAGUUCCCCUCGUGACGGACGUUAUCGUGCGUUAGCGCUGCCUAAAAAGGUGUUAAUCUCAGUUUGGCCCCCCCCCCACACACACACACAUGUCGGCCGACUGACGGGCCCACUGGGGACGGCUCUCAGCGGCUAAGUUAAUUACCAUAUUAGGUCACUUGUGUUUGGCGUCAAUUGUUGGCGUGGAAAUGUCGUUAGGGGGGAAGACACAGUAUGGCGGCCACUGCCGGGCUCCAACUGGCGACUGCCGGGCUCCAAAUGGCCACUGCCUGGCUCCAACUGGCCACUGCCGGGCUCCAACUGACGACUGCCGGGCUCCAACUGGCGACUGCCGGGCUCCAACUGGCCACUGCUGGGCUCCAAUUGGCCACUGCCGGGCUCCAACUGACCACUGCCGGGCUCCAACUGGCCACAGCCGGGCUCCAAAUGGCCACUGCCGGGCUCCAAAUGGCCACACGUUUUCAAAAUGGGCCGUAAUUUGAAAUAAGAUAACAGGACAAAAGACAAGGACUUUCGGCAUAAAGCCUUCCUCAGCCCACAAUAGAAAUGAAAAUAUAACAAAGAAAAGAGCACAGUAGACAACUCAAGCAGUAUCCAUUCGUGUCGCCGUAAGUGGGAACACAGGAAGCGAGAGAAUAUAAAUAUUGACACUGUGAAAAAUGAAGUCCACAAUAAUAAUGGACCAGAAUAUCCAGGGAUACAUCAACACACAGCAAUAAGAAAAUAGAUGAAGUAUAAGGAAACAGAGACACAUCAGUAAGAUAUUAUUUGAUUAAUACCAUAUGGAGAUAUGGUGCCAAACAGCUGAAUAAAUUUAUUUUCUAUUUCAACCCUAUGUGGUAUGUUACUGCAUGAAAUCAGUGCCGUAAUGGUUACAUCCAAUGCACCUUUAUGUUCUUUUCUGUUGAAAUUAGAAGAGACUGUGGAAGGUUUGCAUUGCUCAAUAUCCCUUAGAUGUUCAGUAAACCUAUCAGCCAAUCUUCUCCCAGUUUCACCUAUGUAACUAGAUUGGCAUCUACGGCACACAAUAGCAUAUUUUACAUUACGGCUGACACAGGUGAAACCCUCUUUAAUGGUAACGGUACCUUCAGGGAGGCUAAUGCUUUCAGUUUGGAGUGUAAAGGGACACGUCCUGCAACGGCCUCUUAAGCAUGGUUUAGUACCAACGUAAGACGGUUCAGAUCUAAGGCGACUAUGAACCAGAAGAUCACCUAGAUUUCUGUCCCGUCUAAAGACAAUCAGUGGAAGGGAUGAGAAAACACUGUUGGUAUCAGGGUCAGCAAGAAGUAUGCUACGAUUUUUUUAGGAAUAUUUUUUGGCAGUUAAAUUGUGAGGGUGGUAGGUUAGUAUAAGUUUGGUACGAUCUUCAUUGUUGUUUGGGCGAGUUUUGAACUUCUCUUUUCGUGUGAUCGUGCUGAUGCGAUCUAGUGCUGAGCCAAGAGUAGUUUCAGGAUAGGAUCUGGAGAGGAAGAAAUCCAUAAUUUCAUCAGCUCUUUCUAGAAAUUCCUCAUCAAUUUGGCAGAGACGCCGUAGUCUAAGAAGUUGUGAGAAAGGUAUGGAGUCUUUACAUGAUUUUUUGUCCUGUUAUCUUAUUUCAAGCUUCCACAUACCUCGUUUCGCUAUUUCAUUCAUUUACUAAGCUUGAAAGCAGUCCUUUCAUUUAUAUUGUGGGAUUUCAACGUCUGAUAUUAAACAUCGCAUAAGCCGACUAAUCAAGAAAGCUAGGAACUUAACACAAACUAAACAUCCUUCGCUUGAAGAACUAUUUGAAGAAAGAUGUUAUUGUAAAACUUAACACAUUUUGGAUUAUGCACCCCACCCUCUUCAUCACAGAUACUUAGGAUCGGGCCGUUCGGGACGAAUUCUUUCCAUCAGGGCGAGGACUGACAGAUAUAAAAAUUCUUUUGUUCCCCAAUCUGUACGAAUUUACCGGCGUGCUUCCUCUGAAGUCACACAUCUGAAUGAGAACUAAUAAGUCCCCGAUUUUGCUAAGAGAACUCACUGAAUGGAUGUUUGAGAUAAUUUAUUAUAAAUAUCUUGCGUGCAAAUGUUUUAUUUAUGUGCUGAAAAUAAUGCAAUCAAAAAACAUUUCCAUUUAUUUGGAUCAAUAAAAGAAUCUUAUCUUUAUCUUAUCUUAAUUGUAAGGUAAUUAAAAGAAACUGUAAGGUAAUUAAAAACAAUUUGUAAGGUAACUAAAAACACUUUGUAAAGUAAUUAAAAACCAUUGUAAGGUAUUUAAAAGCAACUGUAUGGCAGUAACGCCGAGAGUUUCGACUAAAACCUGUUACUAACAUGCAUCUUACUUCUGUACCGCAUUCUCUCUACCCUGUACCGCACUCUGUACCCCCUACCGCACUCUCUGUAACUUAUUUCGCCCUCUCUACCCUAUAUCACACUCUCUGCACCCUAAAAUGCACUCUCUGCACCCUACAACACACUCUCUGCACCCUAAAAUGCACUCUCUGCACCCUACAACACACUCUUUGUACCCUAUACCACACUCUCUGUUCCCUAUACCGCACUCUCUGUACCCUAUACCAUACUCUCUGCAACCUAUACCGCACUUUCUAUACCAUAUACCACACUCUCUAUACGCUAUUCCACACUCUGUGUACCCUGUACCGCACUCUGUACCCCGUACCGCACUCUCUGUAACUUAUUUCGCCCUCUCUACCCUAUACCACACUCUCUAUACCCUAUAACACACUAUCUAUACCCUAUACCACACUUAAACCCUAUUCCACACUCUCUGUACCCUAUACCAUAUUAUAUCCACCCUAUACCACACUCUCUAUACUCUAUUCCACACUCUCUGUACCCUAUACCACACUCUUUGCACCCUAUACCGUACUCUCUAUACCCAUUACCAUACACCAAUACUCAAUAUUCCAUAAUAUGUUCCCUUCACUCACCAUGCUUUGUACUCGUUACUCCGUUAGGAGCCUGUUAGCGCCCUUUGAAAUCCACAAAGUCAUAGACCGUGUUUCCCAGCGUAUGACUGUCACCAUGAAAGGGUUGUAGUAAAUAACUGUUUGACUCCGGAAAAAGUGUGUGUGUGUGUGGGGGGGGGGGCGAUGAGUUUAAACUUUUGAAGAAACCACUGUUUCCGUUUAAAUCUCCCUUCAUAAAACUCACCUUCCAUCAGUCACCCGCCCGCCACGUUUGGGUGUACCAUGUAAAGUGGUCCAUGAUUCCCUGGCUUACACGGAAGUGAGCCAGCCAGUGCAGGUCAUUAUGGAGGUAAGGAUGGAACAAAGUGGGCAUUUUAUUGUUAGGGGUCAGUACACUCCUCACGUGGGGUUGGGGGGGGGGUGGGGGAGAGGUUUCAGCACAGGAGAAAGUUUAUAGAGCCAAAGUCAACUUAUUAAAAUGACUAACACCUUUAGCUUUGCCAGGUCUACUUCCAAAAAAUAGCAGACAAGCCGUGGGGGUGGGGGGUGGGGUGGUGUUAAGUCGGAGAAUAAUAAUUUUAAAAAAAUAUAUAUUAUUAAUAUUAUAUAUAAUCGAGUUCAAUGGAUAUUCGAUCUUAGUCUUAUUCGAACUUAUGAAAAAAAAAGACAAAACGCGAUUCUCCUAUCCUUAUUCUCUUAAACCAGGGGUCUCAAACUUGCGGCUCGCGGGCCAUUUGCGGUCCGCAAGACAAUUGUUUCGGCCCGCUACAUGACAGCAGAGUUUUGUGUUAAUGCGGCCCGCGCAUUUUCCCCAUUCUCUUUUCUAUAUUGUGACCCUCCGCGAAAGUUUCAGUAGAAUCUCACCGACUAGUCUAAUUCUGAUUUGUCUUAUGUUUGUUUAGAUUUGGACGUUGAUGAUAAUGGUGUGAGAACCGUUGUAAAAAGUCGGACUCUUCGGACUGUUUUUAUUUCAUAGAAUUUUCUGAGACAAAAAUGGCGGCCAAGGUGCGGUCUUGAGAGAAGUUUUAACAGUCAGUUGGUGGGUAAUGCACAACAAUAAUUGUGUAAAUCGUAGCAAUCCGACACAGUAUCAAAGAAUCCCUAUUAAAAUCGGCUAGUGUUUACAAGUGAGAGAAAUUCCAAACUCGUCAGCUUGUGGUCACUUUCAAAUUAGGGUUAGUCAAAAGGGCCUUUUCUUCGAUAAAAAAAAAUCAAAAUUCAUUCUCCCUAUAAUAUCAUCUUCCAUCGCAUCAAUCAUUCAUAAAUGUGACCUGCUCCUGCCUACAGUUUGAACACGUUUUAGCAUUUAAAGCCUUCAUGAAGAAGGAUGGGGUGGUUGUUCCUGUACUAAGUGAUCCUAAAUGGCUCAUGGACUGGCUUUUCUUGUAGACAUUACACGGGAGCUGAAUUUAUUCCACAAGAAGUUACAAGAUCAGGUCCAGCUUGUCAGUGUUGCCAAUGACAAUGUCAGGGCAUUCUGCACAAAACUUGUGUUAUGGUUCUUAGAGAAACCUCUGCCAUUUUAAGAUGAAAAGUACUCAUGGAUUCGGGCACACUCUUCAGUAGUAAGCAUACUGAUGCCAUUGCACAGCUACAGGAAGAAUUUGAUCACAUCUUUUAGACUUCAAAACAGACAGAGUAACUUUUCAAAUUUUCGAUGACCAUUUCUCCUUCAAUUUUGGAAGAUGACUCCCCCCCCUUCCUCCCCCCCCCACACACACACACACACUUGUGCUUCAAUGAAGCUAAUUGAUCUCAAGUGCAAUUCUAAGUUUAGGGAGGCCAAUGCAAAAACAGAAAAGCAUGCUUAAUUUAUGAGAGUAACUUUUCAAUUUUUCGAUGACCAUUCCUCCUUCAAUUUUGGAAGAUGACUCCCCCCCCCUUCCUCCCCCCCCCACACACACACACACACUUGUGCUUCAAUGAAGCUAAUUGAUCUCAAGUGCAAUUCUAAGUUUAGGGAGGCCAAUGCAAAAACAGAAAAGCAUGCUUAAUUUAUGAGAGCAUUGCCCUCCACCUUCCCUGAGAUUUCCAGGUUGUUCAAGCGGAUCAUGGGCCUUUUUGGGAGUACCUAUCUGUGUAAAAAGCUCUUUUCGUCUAUGAACUUUAGCAAGUCAAAAUUCAGGGCCAAACUUAUUGAUGAGCAUCUUCAAGCUGUACUGAGGGUCUCAGUUGCCUCCUCACUCAAGCCACAUAUUGAUCAGCUGUGUAAGAAGAAGCGCUGCCAGGUCUCUGGCAACAAGGAGUAGGAGGAAGAAAGUGAAUCUUUUAGUUCUUAGGAACCAUUAAUGUUUUGAUUUGUUUUUAAUAAAGGUUGAGCAGAUCGUAACAGUUUUACUUUAUUGACUUUGCAAAAGGCUUUUUUGUGUAGAGUACUUGAUAUGGCCCAGUCUUACUCAGACUCUACCUCCUGCGGCCCAGUCUUACUCAGACUCUACCUCCUGCGGCCCAGUCUUACUCAGACUCUACCUCCUGCGGCUCCCGGAUGAUUUGAGUUUGAGACCCCUGUCUUAGACUGUUCAGCUUUAGAUUAUGUACAAUUUCAUCAUAAAGCUUUUGAAUAAAAAAUGUCCACUAUUUUGUGAAAAAAAUAAUGAACAUGAUGUGAAAAAAAAAGCAGACUGAACUCUCUCAAAUAGUGGACACCUGGCAACCUGAAAAACGUUUGAUAUUUUCUUUGUAAAUUCUUGUGAUGUUGUUAUAUAGCAGUUUCCCGAACCGAAACUAAAAAAAAAAAGAACACACACACACACACAUACGAAUUACAAAAAUGAUAUGACUAUGUUCUUCCCUUCCCCUCUCCUCGUCUUUCUCUUCUUCUAUUUUAAAAGGCGCUACUAAGCCUGUCUCGUAGUCCCUUGUCAACUGCAAGCAACUCGUGGGGGGCUUGGGGGGCGUAACUCCGUGACUAAUGUAACACUUUUAAAGAGGAAGCAUUCAAGUUAAAUCCUCCCUUAUUUCAGAGCGAAGCCCGGGGGCUCUUCUCCUAUUGCUAUUGUGACGGGCCUUCUCCGAGCCGGAGUCUGAGCUCUUCGGGGCGGAACAUGUGACCUCACUGAUCUAGGGGAGAGCAUUACCUCGAGAUUUCUGAGUUCUCUACCGUAUAAUUGAGAGCUUGUAGAUCAUUUGGGUUGGAGGUUGAAAUUGUAGCCCGUUGGCUCACAAUCGAAUGUCCUCACCCACAUUAUGGCGAAAUUGGGGAAGGACUUCCGGUCUGUGGGGGGUGGGCGCGAUUUGGUGGUUGGCAAGGGAUGAGUGUAGUUGGCAAGGGAUGUUUUUGGUCGGCAAGAGAUGUGGGUGGUCGGAAAGAGAUGUGGGUGGUUGGCAAGAGAUGUGGAUGGUUGGCAAGAGAUUUAGGUGGUCGGCAAGAGAUGUGGGUGGUUGGGAAGAGAUGUGGGUGGUUGGCAAGAGAUGUGGGUAGUUGGCAAGAGAUGUGGGUGGUUGGAAAGAGAUGUGGGUGGUUGCAGAAAACAGUGCCAGUGUCAUUCGAUGCCCUUUAUGUCUCUCAGUUGCCAGUGAUACAAAGCUAGGAAUGAUGCCUGUGGCAAAGGGUGGUAAAAAUACAACGUGUUGUUAAAAGUGUACCGAGGUGAAGACGUCUGAGUUACAGGGGUCUGUUUCAUAGGGAUCUGAGGUACAGGGGUGUGAGUCACAGGGGUCAUAGCUAAAGGGUCUGAGUUACAGGGGUCUGUUUCAUAGGGAUCUGAGGUACAGGGGUGUGAACCACAGGGGUCAUAGCUAAAGGGUCUGAGUUACAAGGGUCUGUUUCAUAGGGAUCUGAGGUACAGGGGUGUGAGCCACAGGGGUCAUAGCUAAAGGGUCUGAGUUACAGGGGUCUUGAGAUUCUGAGAUGCUGCACCAACACACCGUAUUUCACCAACACACCGUAUUUCACCAACACACCGUAUUUCACCAACACACCGUAUUUCACCAACACACCGUAUUUCACCAACCCACCGUAUUUCACCAACCCACCGUAUUUCACCAACACACCGUAUUACACCAACCCACCGUAUUUCACCAACACACCGUAUUACACCAACACACCGUAUUACACCAACCCACCGUAUUUCACCAACACACCGUAUUACACCAACCCACCGUAUUUCACCAACACACCGUAUUACACCAACACACCGUAUUACACCAACACACCACAUUACAUAAACACCAUAUGACACCAAAACGCCUUAUGCGCUGGCUCAUAUGAGACCUCCACAGUUUCCACAUAGGUCAAGGACAGGCGUUUCCAACACCAUGAAAUCAAUAGUCAUGAAGGUCAAGGACGUCACUCUGUCAACAUCGACGACAUGGCUGGGAUUAGAAUUUUAGUUUUAAUUAAAAUAUUGUAUCUGAUGUAUCCCCUCCUUCGAUGUCACAGUCAACAGAAUCCUAGGUGACAGUUGUCACGGUACACAAAUAUCAUGUGUAGGCUGGUAACCAUUUCCGGAGGUACAGACAUUGUCUUGUUUAAUAUUGUCGAAAUUAUCAAGGAGCACAAAAUUGUCUAGUUUAAGAUUGUUGAAACUGCCAGGUAGCACAAAACUGUCUUGUUUAAUAUUGUUGAAAUUGUCAAGUAACACAAAGCUGUCUUGUUAAAUAUUGUCGAAAUUGCCAGGUAAUACAGACACGUUUGUGUAAUAUUGUUGCAGUUGCCAGGUAGUGCAGAAAUGUGUUGUUUAAUAGAUAGUACAGAAAUUUGUUGCGUAAUAUUGUCGAGGUUGUCAGAUAGUACAGAAAUGGGGUGUGUAAUACUGUCGCAGUUGUCAGAUAGUACAGAAAUGUGUUGUGUAAUACUGUCGCAGUUGUCAGAUAGUAAACACAAUAUUGAUAAAUUAUUAGUAAAAAAAAAACAAUAUUUAUAAAAUAAUAGUAAUAUAAAAUAUUUAUAAAAAUGAAUAGUAGAAUACAUUAUUUAAAAAUAUUAGUAAAAUACAAUAUUUAUAAAAUAAUAGCUAAAUACAAUAUUUAUAAAAUAAUAGUAAAUACAAUAUUUAUAUUAUAGUAGUAAAAUAAUAAAAAAAAUUAUUAAAUAUUAGUAAAAUACAAUAUUUGUUAAAUAAUAUUAAAAUUUUUAAAAAAAAUAUUAAUUGUGCCUUUCGAAAUUUCAACAUCCACAGAUUCUCACCAUGACUGAUUAACAAUUGCAUUUUCUCAGUUAAAUAAAAAAAAUACUAAUCUUACAAAGCAGGCAUGAUGCUUAAUCUCUAUGUAGUCUAUGUCUAAGCUUUAUCUUAAAGACCCUUGUCUUCAGUACUUUUGAGCUAAGUUAUGUCUAAAUCUUCAAGACUAUUAUCUUAUAUUCCGUAAUUUUGAGCUAAGUUAUGUCUAAGCUUUAUCUUCAAGACCCUUGUAUUCCGUAAUUUGGAGCAAAGUUGUGUCUAAGCUUUAUCUUCAAGAUCCUUGCAUUCAGUAUUUUGAGCUAAGUUGUGUCUAAGCUUUAUCUUCAAGAUCCUUGCAUUCAGUAUUUUGAGCUAAGUUGUGUCUAAGCAGGAUACAUUUAUAUAUAUAUAUUAAAAAAAUACUUCUUCAAGUGUUGCUAAAAAUACUGAAUGUAAUGGUUGAAAGUGCGGUCGAUUAUUUGGUCUAAUGGUGGAUUUCUUUCCUCAUGUAUAAAUUAAUCUGCCAUUCUAUUCUUCAACUUGGCUCUUCACUGGCUCCUCACUGGCUCUUCACUGGCUCUUCACUGGCUCUUCACACGCCCCCACCCUCCCUCAUAUCUCCCCCCCCCCCCCCCCUCUCCCCCCCCCCCCCCCUCCACACCCCCCCCUCACGGCCCCCCCCCCCCCCCCCCCCCCCCCCCCCCCCCACCAUCAACCUCUCGGCCCCCACUAACAUCUACACCUCCACUUAAAGGCCCCACCCUCACUCCCCUAUCCGCCCCCCCCCCAACUUGGCAUGCUUUUAAAUUGAAUCAACCACUGGAAGUUCUUGAGGAAUCUACCAACAGGUUUCCUCCGCGGGGGUUUGUUUGGACAUGGGGGCCCCGAGUGGACACGACUUAAUGAAAUGGAAACAUUGAAUGGGAUCAAUGGACACUCGCUACGACUGUGGCCGAAGAUUUCAUUGACAGCUGGUCUGGGGGUCCGGUGGGGGGGGGGCAGGGGGGGAGAGUCUUAUCUGUUUAGUUUCUUGGACUUGUCUGAAACUGGGCCUGUGAAACUUCUCUACAAAUUCAGGGGCCCCAACUGGUCCUCAAACGGCUUGGGUGUGUUUUCUCAUAAUUUUACUGUUUUAAAGCCACACUUACCCCCCCCCCUUUUUUUUUUUAAAAAAAAACAAUUAAUUGAAAUUUAAGCGACACGAGAUUUAGUUGUUUUUUUUAUAUUUAAAACUGUUAAGGUGUUGUUUCAGUAAUUUCUAAAUAUUAUUAUUACGCAACGUUAGAAGCGAGGGUGCACUGACCUCAUUAAAAGCCAGGGUGCACUGACCUCAUUAGAAACCAGGGUCCACUGACCUCAUUAGAAUCCAGGGUGCACUGACCUCAUUAGAAGCCAGGGUGCACUGACCUCAUUAGGAGCUUUGGUGCAUUGAACUCAUUAGAAGCCAGGGUGCACUGACCUCAUUAGAAGCCAGGGUACACUGACCUCGUUAGAAGCCAGAGUCCAUUGACCUAUGAGACUAUGUGCUUGUUGGACACUACUAUGCACACAAUGGUGCGGUCGGCAUGCGAUUCUAUUAUGUAUCUAAGACCUAGUGGAUGAGACACGGCUCAUAGUCUUACCACCUAUAAGACAACACCAUUAGAAUGGAUUAUUGAGUCACCAUGCAUUGUUACAGAACGAACAAGUCAAUGUAGGCACAUUAUUACAGAACAAACACACCAAUACACGCACAUGUUAUUACUUUCUAACAAAAGUUAACGCACGCUAAGUUAGAUCAAAAAUGUAAAAUCACAACCGGCUUUACGACUUCCAACAGCACAUUCCAUCACAACCGGCUUUACGACUUCCAACAGCACAUUCCAUCACAACCGGCUUUACGACUUCCAACAGCACAUUCCAUCACAACCUGCUUUACGACUUCCAACAGCACAUUCCAUCACAACCGGCUUUACGACUUCCAACAGCACAUUCCAUCACAACCUGCUUUACAACUUCCAACAGCACAUUCCAUCACAACCGGCUUUACGACUUCCAACAGCACAUUCCAUCACAACCGGCUUUACGACUUCCAACAGCACAUUCCAUCACAACCAGCUUUACGACUUCCAACAGCACAUUCCAUCACAACCGGCUUUACGACUUCCAACAGCACAUUCCAUCACAACCGGCUUUACGACUUCCAACAGCACAUUCCAUCACAACCGGCUUUACGACUUCCAACAGCACAUUCCAUCACAACCGGCUUUACGACUUCCAACAGCACAUUUUUUCAUUGAUGAUGAACUCCUCCUUACGAAAUAUACGAUCUGAAUGAAUGACCUGAUUCACAUAAUCCUCCCAACCCAUAGUCCCCCCCCCCCCCUCAAACCAGGUUAUAUUUAACCAUCAGUGUCCACUCACGAGUCUGGAGGAAGUGAGUCCAAAUAGCCAUUGUUAUCCUCGGCCUUGCCCUCCCCCCUCUCCCCCAUGUUAUUGUAUCACCCCACCGCCUGCUCACUCUGACGGCCACGUAAAGUACACUCUCAGUGGUCACGUUUGGGGACGUGACGGAUUGUGUCCACUUCUGGGGACGUGACCGAUUGUGUUCAUUUCUGGGGACGUGACCCAUUGUGUCCACUUCUGACACCAAUCCAUGGAUGCCAUCUACAGCCACCAGUCAGGUUGUUGUUGUUUUUUUUUUAACGCCAGAAGUGAGGGGGAGGGGGCGAACGUUUUUUUUUUUUUUUUAUACUCCUUUAUUGUGAUGAGGAGAUUGGGAAGAUGAAAUCACAGCCACACAACCAGGUUGUUGUUGUUUUUUUUUUAACGCCAGAAGUGAGGGGGAGGGGGCGAACGUUUUUUUUUUUUUUUAUAUACUCCAUUAUUGUGAUGAGGAGAUUGCGAAGAUGAAAUCACAGCCACACAACCAGCGCUCGAGAACUUGGCCGAGGGCAAGAAAGGUAUUGAUGUGGGGUGUCUUGUCUGGACAGAUGUACACAGACGGCGCUCUACAUCUAUCUCAUCUUUUGGCCGUUUUUCAUGUUAUCUGCAAGACAUUUCUACUCAUUUUCUGCAAUGUCCAAAAUCGAAAGUUCUUAUAUUUUUUUUAAAGGAAGGGGAUAGGGGUGGGGUUGCUAUGACGAGUUGGGUUGAUUUUUGAUUUUUUUUGUUGUUGUUUAUUUUUUCCCUACAAAUUUGUGAAAUUGUUUGAAACAUUUUCAACUAAUAUUGCCAAGCUGUAUUCAGUGCGGACAAAAAGGAAGAGAAGUGUUGGAAGAAGAGUUUCUCAUACGGAGAUAGUCCAACUCAAUCAUUUAUUUCCUCCCAUUUUGAUUCUGUAGUUAUAAAUAGUAGUUUAAGACAUUCUUAACCUUUGAAUGAAGAUAUGCCAGGGGCGCCUUUAUUGAGCUCAUGGGUGGAUCCACCUUGUGUUAUGUGAGGGCUUAAGAUAUGAGUAAAGGGUGUGGGAGGGGGGGGUGAAAUGGGUCCUCCAUAUCGUCAAAAACAAAGGAAAUCUCUAAAGUUUUUUUUUUAUUUUUUUUUUUACCGCGCUCUGUUUCUUGUCCUGUUUGCUCAGAAGGCUCUAAGCCGAAACGUUCAAAUCAUAUUGUUCUGUCUUUUGAUUCAAGCUACACCAGGCCCUGUUUUACUAUUUCAUUCACACAGUUUGAAUACAGUCCUUCAAUUAUAAUCCAUAUCCGCUUCCAUUUAAUGGGGACCUAAUUUACCGCCUCCUGAAGUUUGAUGAUCACGACAUUUUGCUGUAUGUCUAUCAUUUUGGUAACUUACGGGGAAUGUCGUUAUUGACUAUUGAAUAGCUCACAAGCAGACGAUAAAAAAACAUUUAAAACAAAUUAUUUUUUCAAAUUUUUUGAAAAUUUUUUAAAUUAUAUUCUAACCACCCUUCAGUGCGUUUAAUUUUUUUUUUAAUGAGUAUUAAAAUUAUAAUAUUUAAAUUAUCCACACAAGUAUAAUUGUUCAAUUUUUAAAACAUCGAUUUGCUUACAAAAUCCAGUUGAAGGUGACUUAACUCUUUACCUAAAAUGAAAAAGUAGAUCUGAGCUCACCCACCCUUUCAUGGUGAAGCAGGAUAAAGUGAACAUUGCACGAGAAAGUUUCAAAAUUUUACGUGAGUAAAAAAAUAAUAAUAGUAACUACGCUCCACAAAAUGGACAUGCGAGUAGAGAGUAAUUCUUUCAAAAGAAACUUUCCUCUUUUGGAUAAACGUUAAUUUUUAAUUAAUUUUUUUUUAACAUUUAUUUAUUUUUUUGUAAUUGCCACUCUAUCUUUCUUUUUUUUAAAAUGUAUUUCCUAGCUCCAAAUGGAUUUCGUUUACUUUUAAUACGGGAGGAAGAACAGCAGAGGGGGGGGGGGGGAAAUAACCAUAUCGUCUAACGGGGAAUGUUAUAAACGACUAUAUAAUUCUACUGUUGUAUCAUGGUGCUAUAUAUAAUUCUACUGUUGUAUCAUGGUGCUAGAGACAUAAAAAAGACUGUAGUAUCAUGGUGCUAUAUAUAAUUCUACUGUUGUAUCAUGGUGCUAUAUAUAAUUCUACUGUUGUAUCAUGGUGCUAUAUAUAAUUCUACUGUUGUAUCAUGGUGCUAUAUAUAAUUCUACUGUUGUAUCAUGGUGCUAGAGACAUAAAAAAGACUGUAGUAUCAUGGUGCUAUAUAUAAUUUUACUGUUGUAUCAGGGUGCUAGAGACAUAAAAAAGAAUGUAGUAUCAUGGUGCUAUAUAUAAUUCUACUGUUGUAUCAUGGUGCUAUAUAUAAUUCUACUGUUGUAUCAUGGUGCUAAAGACAUAAAAAAUAAUGUAGUAUCAUGGUGCUAUAUAUAAUUCUACAGUUGUAUCAUGGUGCUAUAUAUAAUUCUACUGUUGUAUCAGGGUGCUCGAGACAUAAAAAAGAAUGUAGUAUCAUGUGCUAUUAUAAUUCUACUGUUGUAUCAUGGUGCAAAAGACAUAAAAAAGAAUGUAGUAUCAUGGUGCUAUAUAUAAUUCUACUGUUGUAUCAUGGUGCUAGAGACAUAAAAAAGACUGUAGUAUCAUGGUGCUAUAUAUAAUUCUACUGUUGUAUCAUGGUGCUAGAGACAUAAAAAAGACUGUUGUAUCAUGGUGCUAUAUAUAAUUCAACUGUUGUAUCAUCGUGCUAAUAAUGCAUAUUUCCAUUGCAAGAGCUGCUAUAUAUAUAAUGCGGCUUGUAUAGUUAUGUCUAGGGGAGUAAGAUCUGCACACAUGACUACCAGCACUGCUCACUCUUGAGUGUGGUGAUCUGACUUAUGAUCUUAGUGAGGAGUACCUCUCGUAUGAGAUCUCCUCUUGCCACUCUGUCUAGGGAUACGUUAUUUAAGCCAAAUUACCACACAGACACAACAACCUAUCUAUAGACAUAUAGUAUAGACUGAAUCGAAGUCUUUCUUAAAUGAGAAAUAACUAUAAGUAUUUAUUGAAUAAUGAUAUAUACAAAUUCUUCCGUAAUACACUAGAUGAUCAAUAUAUAUACAUCAAAUUGAUUUCGUCCAAUUAGAAAAGUAAAUCAAUGCAAAGCAAGUCUUAGUGUCCCUAACAUGCUAACGGUAUCAUCAUUAUCCAUGCUAAAUUGCUCAAGUUUCUAUGCUCAAUCUUUGUUGACUUAGCCUUUAUAAUUCUGUGAGGAUCUCGGUGGAUCACGAAGGGUGGGAGCUCCUUCUGUUCUAGAAGCGUGUCCCUGUUCCGGAACAUUAUCAAUCAUUAAAUUUACAGAUUCAUAGUAUACAUAUUGUCUUCUCGUUAAAAAAGACAUGGGCGAUUUGGAACAACAACCUACCAUCCCCAUAAUGGGAUGGUGGCGUGUCGUAGCCCGCGGCAAAAGCAAUAAUAGAAUUCAUAAUAUCAAUAUAAAGUAAUAUAGGCAUUAUUAGAAUAAGAUCAAACGCGAUCGAAUAAUGGCUACAUAGCUAUAUGAACAAUACAAGUGCAAUACUAUAAUAUCCAAAUCAUGGUUGCGUACUUACUUGUACUCUAGGUAGCAGUUAAGUAUCACGAUAGUGAAGUACUAAGUCUAGUCACUUCAAGCGUCCACAAUCAAGUGAUCAGAUCUUAAAAGACAUAUACUUGCUAAUAUCCUAGGUUGCAGUUAUGUAUCACGCUAAAGAAGUUCUAAGUCUAGAUCCUUCCACCGUCCACGGUCAAGUGAUCAGAUCAUAAAAGGCAGAUUCUUGCUUGUUCAGGCUAUUUAUUCGAGUUGGGUGUCGAUUAGGUGAUGAUUCAAUUGGGUGAUUUAAAUGUUGUAUGUUUUCCCAUCCAAUGACAAUCGCUUUUCAUAUUGCGGGUUUAACCUUACCCCUCAAAGUUUAUCGGGCUGGGGUGAAAAUCCAAAUUCACGCUUUGGCGUGAGUUUUCUGGUUUAGAAAUUCAAUAACAACAAGGGACGAUACUCCGCUUUGCUGUCUCCAGGGCAAAAAUGAGGGGGGUGAUGGUAUUAAUUUCUCAAGGUUCAUCGGUGAGAAGUUUUGAACACAGAAUGCACGCUUUUUGGGAUGAGCGGCUUUGAGUAGAAAUGUGAUAACACAAAGGGAACUCACUCGUGCUAAGCGACUGCGGGGCAACUUGAGGGAGGGAAAGGUGCUAUUUUACAAGGGUUUCCAUGGGUGGAUUUACGUUGGAAGACAUUUUACAAAGUCCAGCUUCAGAUCGUCACAUUGAGGUCACGGUCAUUUCACAACAAACGGUCUGUCCAAGAAACAAGCCCAGUCAUUGACUUUGGUGGUUUCAAUCAACGUUGGUGCUCUAUUGUCAGGUCAAAGUUCAAAGAAAAUAUUAAAUACCCCCCCCCCCCAAAAAAAAAAAAAAAAACCAACACAUUUUUUUUUUUUAAAUGUAAUAAAUAAAUAGUCGUUUCAGAUUUUUCUAAACUUUUUACAACCGACGCCCUUACAUUUGUCUUGUCUAGCACCCUCGGACCAGAAAGAAGGCACGGAUGACGUGAUUGUACGGUUCGUUUACAGUCACUCAAUUUUGGAAUCGUGAUAAUGAAACAAUAAUUGGAUUAAUAUCUUCUGAUAGCGUUCUGUUGUGUUUCAUUAUCUGCUUGCUGGUUUGUUCUAACCUCCUAAUUUAAGCUCCUAAUUUAAGCUCCAAAUUUAAGCUCCAAAUUUAAGCUCCUAAUUUAAGCUCCUAAUUUAAGCUCCUAAUUUAACCUCCUAAUUUAACCUCCUCUAAUUUAACCUCCUAAUUUAACAUCCUGAUUUAACCUCCUGAUUUAACCUCUUAAUUUAACCUCCUAAUUUAACCUCCUAAUUUAAGCUCCUAAUUUAAGCUCCUAAUUUAACCUCCUAAUUUGACCUCCUAAUUUAACCUCCUAAUUUAACCUCCUAAUUUAAGCUCCUCAUUUAACCUCCUCAUUUAACCUCCUAAUUUAACCUCCUGAUUUAACCUCCUCAUUUAACCUUCUAAUUUAACCUCCUCAUUUAACCUCCUCAUUUAACCUCCUGAUUUAAUCUCCUGAUUUAACCUCCUGAUUGAACCUCCUGAUUGAACCUCCUGAUUGAACCUCCUCAUUGAACCUCCUCAUUUAACCUCCUAAUUUAACCUCCUAAUUUAACCUCCUAAUUUAACCUCCUAAUUUAACCUCCUAAAUUAAACUUAUUUAACCGCCUAAUUAAAAAUGUCCAUUGACAAACAACUUUUCUUGUUCUUCUCGUCCACCCAGGCUAUUGGUUGUGCUACAUCAACAGUACCAUCAACCCGCUUUGCUACGCGCUGUGCAACGUCAACUUCCGACGAACGUUCUGGAGAAUUCUCACCUGCCACUGCAAGAAACGACGCGGCUCACUGCACCGCAUGGUGAUGCCGGCCAACCACAUCAACAACCUGAUACCGAGAUGAAGGCCACAGCUCCUCGGAGGUUGAAACUCUCCAUUUUUUUCCCCCUUGACGUCGUCUGCCA